UGUACAGAAAUACUAUAAAACAAUCAAAUUCCAUUUUCAUUUCAACUUAGUGCCGGUCGGGGCUUUUUAUUUGAAAAAAUUACAGUUGCUUCUUUUUAAAUCUCUCAUCCUGCUCGGUUCGUUGUGUUCUGGACAGACGCUGCCUUCGUGGUCGGCAAAUCCCCAAAAACCAAACUCACAGUGUGUAAAAAACCCUUGCAGUCUGUAUUUCUCAUCGUUUGCUUGUCUCUCCCCGGGGGCGAGCGACACAGCUGUUCUAGCUUGUUACGGUUAUUCUACUGGAAGUUUCUAUAAGCUACAAGUUUCUAUUGGAGAAAAGGGAAUGCGGUAGACAAAUUGGUUUGCGUAAUUAUGCAGGAACUGUAUGUAUAGUUACUGGAUUUCAGAAAAAAGCUUCCCCAUAGUGUAGGGUCAGAGCCAUUUUCACAGUUGGGACCUCUAAUUUAUUUGCCACAUCUUUUGAGAAACAAUUAGACCAGAAAUUGGAAGGGCAGCAAGUGGGAAAACAUUGAUUUGGAGUGAAGGGAAAUAAUGGAGGAGAAAGAAAUAGCCAGGGUGUUUUCCGAGCUGAAGCCUCUAUGCAUUCAGUUGUUUAAUAUUUUAGGGGACUCUCAAGGAAAUUCUCAUUCGCUGCUAUAUUCUCUCACUGCAUAUGUGCAACAAUCUCCGUCUCUGGCCUUAAAUCCAUUUCUCGACUUUAUACUUGCCCCUCUCUUGGUGCUUUUGGAUGCUUCAAUAACCUGCAGAUCGACCAAAAGCAUUCAUUCUUCCAAUAGGCCUAUCAUAAUCAGUGACAGUGUGGCUGAAGGUGUUUUAUCAUGUUUAGAGGAAGUGUUGAAACAAUGUUCAUUAACUUCUGCGAACCAGCUGUCAAUGCUACUAAGGAAAUUUACUUCAGGAGCUUUGCUCUCACCAUCUGAGGCUGCUGAAGAAUUUCGCCUUGGGAUAGUGAGGUGCUUAAGAGCAGUAAUUCUUGGUCUAAAGCCAUGUUUGGACAAAACAUGCACUUGCAAAAUAAUUCCUUCGUCACCUUCCCUUAUUUGGGAUCUAGAUUCACUUCUUCAAAUUAAGGAUCCUAUCCCAGGUCAUUUGGAGACAGAAUUAGUUUGCUGUGCUGAUUGUCUAGUUGCAUUUUUGCAGUCAGAGGACAUGUCAGCAGCAGUGGGGCAUUUGCUUUCACUUCUCCUUCAGAUUGCAGAAGCAGAAGCAAAAAGAGGACAUCUAGGAAGUGGGAAACUUCGUGCUGAAGCUCUUUCAACUCUUAGACUGCUCAUCUCGAAGGUUGGUAGUGCAGAUGCAUUAGCUUUCUUCCUGCCAGGGAUUGUUGGUGGCUUAGUGAAGGUCUUGCGUGUCUCAAAGUUUACAACGGGGAAUUCCUUCCAACCGACUUCAGGUGCAGCUGGAAGUAUUGGAGCAAUUGAGCAAGCUGUUAAAGGUCUGGCUGACAUGCUAGUUCUGUGUCUAGCAGAUGAGAAGAAUACCACUCAAUUAGAUAUUGGCACUGCAGAGACCUACAAUGAGGGUCUGUCAGCCGCUGCAGCCUUGGAAGCACUUCAAUGUUUAUCUUUUCAGACUCGUGCUAAGAAAGAUUUUGAAGUAAAAAAGGAAGCACCAUAUCAUGCAUUAAAUGGUAAAGAUUUACAGCAAAAGAGACAAAAAAAUAUUGAAGUUCUAGGAGAUGGAAGAGGAGCAAUAAGUUCUAAUUUCCGUGUGUAUCGAGAUAAGGAAUGGCUUGAGCAGACGGCUCAACAUGUUGAUUCUCUUCUAUCUACUACCUUCCCAGUUUUAUGUGCUCACCCAGCUAGAGGUGUUAGGCUUGUACUUGCUGAGGCUGCAGGUGCCCUGCUAACAAGAUGUAACAUCACCUUGAGAAGGAGCAAACCAAUGCUUUUGGAGUGUCUAUUAGCAUUAGUUUGUGAUGAUUGGGAAAGUGUUUCUUUGAGCGCUCAUAAUUUUCUCUCAGUCCUGUUCUCAUCAGAUGGGAAAUUUAUACAAGAAAAUGAACUAAAUAGUGUCUUUAGCAGACUGAUGGAAAGAUUGCCUAAAACAGUACUAGGAGGAGAUGAAACUUCUGCAUUAAUGCAUGCUCGUAGGUUGCUUGCAGCCAUGUAUUUUGCGGGUCCCAAAGGUGUGAGCUGUCAGCUGUUUGAUUCCCCAGGUGCGAUAGGUCGCUUUUUGGAUGUAAUGAGGCAAUGCCUGAGCCAUACUUCAGCAUUUACUGGUCCAAUUGAAGAACUGGUGCAUCAUAAGACACAGUCACCAGGGCAUCUACAUGUGAUUUCAGAGCUGAGCUCUGACAUUACUAUAGAGAAAACUGGUUUUUCUCUAUCACAAGCUUCAAGCAAGAAUUUUGACUCUCAUGCUUUGCAAUCAGAGGCGUCAGAGUUGAUCAGAUAUUUGGAAAAUUCACCAAUAGAUGAACAGCUCCCGCGUAUGCCUCCUUGGUUUAUCCAUGUUGGUGGUCACAAACUUUAUCAAUUGAUUGCAUCCAUUAUAAGGCUUGCAGGCCUAUCUGCUGUGGCUGGUUGUACAGAUGCAUUUUCCUUAUCAAUUCUCAUAGAGACACCACUAGAGUCUCUUCGUCACAACAUUUCAGAGAUGCGCCUAAAAGAAUAUAGAGAAGAAGAUUGGCAGACUUGGUAUAGCAGUCAUGGGUCAGGCCUUGUUCUACGUGAUGCAGCUACUGCAGUCUGUGUUCUAAGUGAGAUCAUUUAUGGUGCGUCAGGCAGGGGUACAUACACAUACACAAGUUUGCUCAAAAGUACCAGCAUAUUCCAAGGAAAGAACACAGAGAGAAUGACAGGAGUUUCAGACAGUGAUGAGUGUGGCCUGAAUGACCACUUAAAAGAGAAUAUUCUAUGUUCUCUUAAAAAAUGGGAAAUGAAUGUAGGAUCAAAUUUAAGUCAGCAUCUUAUUGAGUGUGUUUGUAACAUAAUGCAUGAAUACAUGUCUUCUGAAAUUUGGGAUCUUCCUAUAGAUUUUUCUUCACCUGGUCUGUUACAAAAUUUAGGCAAUCAGCAGUUGCCUCAGCAUUUUUUGCAGGACACUGCAAUGCUACAACAGGUUAUAUUAGAGGGUUUGGGUGUAUUUGGAAUAUCACUUGGGAGGUCUUUUGAAGCCAGUGGGUUCUUGUAUUCUUCCCUUUACUUAUUGUUGGAGAAGCUUGUCUGUUCAAAUUAUCACAUACGAAGUGCAGCAGAUGUUGCACUCAGAGUGCUUUCCACAUUUGCUGGUUAUUCAUCGGUAAAGGACAUGGUGGUGGCAAAUGUAGAUUAUAUAAUUAAUUCGUUAUGUCGUCAACUACGCCACUUGACACUCAAUCCUCAUGCACCGGACAUACUUGCAGCUAUACUUUCCUCUGUUGGUGCUGUUCAUGAUAUAUUGCCAUUACUAGAGGAGCCAGUGCGUUCUAUUUCAUUAGAGCUUGAGAUACUUGCACGACAUCGACAUCCAGAUUUGACAGUUCCUGUACUGAAGGCUUUGGAUGAAAUUGUUAAAGCUUUAAGGUGGGAAACAAAUUCAAUAAUUGAAAAGACAUCAUAUUAUUGUCAGCAUAUUCAAUCAGAAGUUGAAUGCCUUAAGGAGAGGAAGCAGAAAUUUCACUCAAGCUAUUCUGAAUUAUCUUUGGGCAAGCCUUCUGGUUCUUGCAACAAAGAUGUAGAUACCACCCUUGAAACAGGUAGAUUUGUUGUCACAGAUUGUAGUGAGGGCACCAAAGUCAGUGAAGAUGAUUUAUCUUUGGAGCAUUGGGAACGGGCUUUGUUGGCAUUAGAUGAGAGGAAAAGAUAUUGUCUUUCACUGGGGGCUGUUGUACAGUUAUGCUUGUCAGCAUGUAUUCCACUUCUAAGUUCAAAGGGACAAGUGUCUUCUCUAAAAUCGCUAGGAGUUGUUGAGAACGGGAUUACCAUUCUUUCUAUAAUAGAAGAAGCACUCGUGAAAGAAAAAGAAUCUAGAGAAGCAAUUGAGUGGGUGGCAAAUGAGUAUUCCUUUUUAACGCUUCAGGAUACCCUGAAUCGUGUAGAUGCAGGGAAGGAUGGUAACAUGCUGCUACCUGCUAUGAACAAAGUAUGGCCAUUUUUGGUUGUUUGCCUUAAACACACACAGCCUCAGGUUGUCAUUCGAUGUUUGGAUGUAAUAGCCAAUGUAAUUCAUGUAUGUGGAGGUAAUUUUUUCAUCCGCCGCUUGAAAACUGAUAGCUCCCAAUUUUUUAGAUUGUUAUCUAAGGGUGCAUGCCUGAGUAAGGCUUCAUUUCAGACCGAAAAAUCUAUGCUGCUUCCUUUUAGAAAGGGUAGCAAUCUUAUUGACCAGGCAGACAUGGCAGAAGGAACCUUGCUUAAGGUGCAAGAAGCAUUUUUUUUAAUGAUUGCAGCCAUUGCAAGUGACAAGAAAAGUGCUUGUGCUCUGGAGGCAAUAUUCAAACAAGUGGCUGGGUUGGCUGUGGGUUUUUCUUGUGGUAGUCGAACAUUGGAGAAAGCUGCUAUAGAUGCCUUGCUUGGUCUAUCAAGCAUUGAUCAAGAUCUUGUUUGGCUACUUCUAGCUGACAUUGUUUACUCAGGAGAUGGCAGAGAGGUACCAAGUCCUCCUUGUACAGGGUUGCCAGAGAUUGCUCGACUUCUCCCAGAGUCACCCCAGGAAUAUAUUUGGGUUCAAUAUGCAGGUCAAAAUUAUGGUUUGACUUCUGAUUAUUUACUGGCACGAAAACUGCUGGAAAAGAUAGAUGCAUGCCAUUACGUUAAUGCAGGGCAAUAGAUGCAACCUUGUAAAUUGAGCGUGAAUACAUGUAAAUACAUUUCAUUACUGUCAAGCUUAUCUUUUCUUGGAAUUGGUUUUAGCUUAAUGCUGUGAAAAUGUAUUAUAUUCGUACAUGUAAGAAGCCUUAUAAAUUGUGUGAAAUUUAUGCAGAGCCUUACAAAA